UCUCAGCGUGAAUAUACGGAUCGGACACGCCUCGGUGCCCCAAAGCUGUCAUAUUUCCGCCAUGAAUUGUCAGAGAGCCGAAGGUAACUUAUUUCUCUAAAGCUUACGACUGAUGGCCACGACCAGCAUGCACCCAAACGGUGGAGGCUAUUGGAGAACAAUAAUCUUACUUUCUGCUUUAAACCAGGUUGAGAUAACCUAUCUGUAGAUUAGUUUCUCUAUACCGUCGAUGCGUAAACGGAUAUUUAUUUGGCACGUUUAGGUGACAUACGCAAAUAUGCAGUUUUAACAAGACUGUUUCAAGAUGCGGAGCAGAUGUUGCGUGUUGGUUGUAAUUGCCGGUGUUAAUCUCUCCAUGGUUUUAUUCUAUUACAUUGGUUACUCGAAUGGGUUUUCAUCUAAACAUAUACAUACACAGACGGAAAGUCAAAUAGCUAUCAUUUCACUAUCACCGGGAAGUAUCGAUAUCAAUAAAAGAGUUGAAUUGCCAUUGGGAACUUUGAAAACUACGGAUGUAUAUUUAAACAAUACGAAUACAACUACCACUACUACUGUUACCACGUCCACUUCGGGGGAAACGUUAGAAAAAUGUCCAGAUCCUUCUCCACAUCUGGUGGGUCCAUUGAGGGUUGAGUUCUCUACACCUGUCAGUUUGGACACAGUGAGGAAGGAGAACCCACAUCUACAGUUUGGAGGUCAUUACAAGCCAGGCAACUGCAUCGCCCUUCAGAAAGUUGCAGUCAUCAUCCCCUUCCGCAAUCGUGAUGAGCACCUCAGGUUUUGGCUCCACUACCUCCACCCGAUCCUUCAGCGUCAACAGUUGGACUAUGGCAUCUAUGUCAUCCAACAGCAUGGAGAGAACACGUUCAACAGGGCCAAGCUGAUGAACAUCGGCUACAAUGAGGCCCUCAAAGAGUACGACUACGACUGCUUUGUGUUCAGUGACGUGGACAUCAUCCCCAUGGACGACCGGAACACCUACCGAUGCUUCAGCCAGCCCAGACACCUGUCUGUGUCCAUGGACAAGUUUGGCUUCAGGUUGCCAUAUGAUCAGUACUUUGGCGGUGUCUCAUCACUGAGUAAGGAGCAGUUCCUGAAAAUCAAUGGUUUUCCCAACAACUACUGGGGCUGGGGAGGUGAAGACGAUGAUAUUUUCAAGAGGGUUAGCUCCAGAGGAAUGUCCAUCUCUCGUCCGGAUGGCGAGAUUGGAAAAUGCCGGAUGAUCCGUCAUGACAGAGAUAAACUAAACGAUCCAAAUCCACAGAGGUUUGACAGAAUACUACGCACAAGACAUACAAUGGAUUCAGAUGGAAUUAAUUCUCUCAAGUACGACGUGGUCAAAGUGGAAAAAGAUGCUUUGUUCACCAACAUCACAGUUGACGUGGGGACACCUUCAUGAAGGUGAAUGUAGUACGAUGGAAAUGCCAGAUGGAUUUUCUCUAUUUCUGCAUAUUCUGAACAUUGAAUGUUAUCAGAUCUUAAACUUAAAGUUAAACUUAAACUUAAAUUAUUACAUAGAGAAACCAAGUGAGCACACAACACAAUUUGGAUAAUUAUUGAAAUUGUUUUCAUGGGACAAGUUAUGACACCAAAGUCCCUUUCAACCUCAAUACCGACACAAUACAGUGUCUCCAUGGGAAAUUCGCAUAAUUAUGCUGCAAAGCAAACAAGUGGUGCAUCUUAAUAUGAAUGCAACUUAUAGCUCAAUGUAUAGGCUGCUUACCGGCCGCAUUUAUUGUUCCUCAUGUCUGCUUACAAAAAGAAUAGUUUACACCCAGCUGUGUAAUAGUAAAUGCUUUUAGCAAGCCAAUUAACAUUAGCCAACACGAGGACCGAACACCCUGAAUGAACGGUGAGAAACGCACGUCUCGGAUUUCCCAUUUACCAUGUCUUAAUAAAAUGUACAUGCCGCAAACAUUGGAGUAAACAUUUUUAUGUAUAUAUAGUGACCAUAAUUGUUUUCAGAACUUCUACAAUCAAGUCCAAUAUGAAUGUGUCACAACCAAUUAUUUAGUAAAAGGGUCUGUUUUACACAGCGGCAUUAGGUGUUGCAUGUCUUUGUAAUAUAAGUAAAAACAGCACUAAGACAUUGGGUUAUGUUCACUCAAAUUUUGUUAAUUUAAUAUUAAGUUUAAGUUCAAGAUCUGAUAAAGAAAAUACAAAUAGGGAAAAUCCCUUUUCACAACACUGGGGGCCAAAUAGGGGCCAAUACAUUUUCACAACACUGUAAAAGGAAGAGAUAUGUUGCAAGGAGUGGGGCAGAAAAAGCACUGUGGAAUUAUCAAAUUGAAUACUGAGAAUUAUGUUAAAUUGAAUACUGAGAAUGAUGUUAAAUUGAAUACUGAGAAUGAUGUUAAUGUUAAUGCAGAAAUAUGUACAGUACUGGAAUACUGGAAACAAAUGAACUCCUCAUGGAUAUGGGCAUGUGGUGACCCAACUAGACCUGGAAGUCUGGAAGUCUGAAACUGUUCAACAAAAACAUGUUUCCUAAUUGCAGUUGCCUAAAUAGGUUUAAAAGUGUAUAUAGUUUCACAAGUGUAUGAAGUUCAUUUUCAUGAAUAUAUUGAUUGUUUCUUUUUACAUUUUUUGGGAGCAGUGUUUCGUCAUUUUAUUGUUUAAUAUAUCUUGCGGGAAUGUUUCCCAUAUUUGAAACUUUGUGAAAGGUUUUUAUAGGUUUCAUACAUUAUUAAACUUUCUCCAGAAACCUCAG